AUGUUUUUGAGUGCCUUCGUCAUCGGGGCACACCGGGACGCCUUUAGCGACGGGCCCGCGUCGUCAUUCCAUUCCGCUCGUGUGCGCGUGUCAUUGCAUCAUCCACGAACCGCUGGCGCGCGACGUUCGCAGGAGAUCCAGCGGACUCUCCCGUCUCACUUCCCGAGGCGGCCGGCGCAAGGCAGGCUGGGCCGGCCCAUCCAGCUGACCGCCAACCACUUCGCCGUCGAGAUCCCUGCCGGGAACGUGUACCACUACGAUGUCGAGAUCUUCUCCGAGACCCGCAAGGAGGUCAAGGUGCCCGAGAACCGCAAGUACCGCUGCAUCAGCACUAAGAUCAACCGCUUGGUCAUCGAGUUGCUCGUUAAGAAGUACCGCCUCGACCUCAGCAACUGCGUGCCGGCAUUCGACGGCCGCAAGAACUUGUACACCCGGCGCGAGCUCAAGUUCCGCGAGCGCACCUUCACGGUCGACCUGGAUGAGGACCAGCGGGUCCAGAAGUUUGUCGUGAAGAUCCAGUACGCGGCCACCGUCAACUUGGACGCUCUGCACGCGGUCUUCGACAACCGCGUCAACACCGUUCCCCAGGAGGUCCUGCAGGCCGUCGACAUCGUGCUGCGCCACGGCCCUUCCAUCAAGCUGACGCCUGUCGGCCGCUCCUUCUUCAAGCCACCGCCCCCCAACGAGAACAACACCCUCGGCGGUGGUCGUGAAGUCUGGUUCGGUUACUACACCAGCGUGCGACCGGCCCAGUGGAAGCCCAUGCUGAAUGUGGAUAUGUCCGCCACGGCCUUCUACGAGCCGCUGCCCAUCAUCGCGUUCAUGUGCAAGAUCUUCAGCGAGGGCCGCCGCGAGAUGACCGCCGGCGACUUCCGGGACCUGCGCGACUUCCAGAACGUCCGCCUCAACAAGGAGCUCAAGGGUCUGCGCAUCAAGGUGACCCACCUGCCUUACCCGCGCAAGUACAAGGUCAUCCGCGUCACCAAGGAGCCGGCGAAGAAGCUCUACUUCAACAUGGAGGACGGCUCGCGGUGCUCCGUGGCCGACUACUUCCAGAACCGCUACGGCCGACUCACCUACCCGAACCUGCCGUGCGUGCAGACCGGCAGUACGACGCACCCGGUCUACCUGCCGCUCGAAGUGUGCGAGAUCGUGGAGGGCCAGCACUGCAAGAAGAAACUCGACGAGAACCAGACUUCGGAGAUGAUCAAGCGCACGGCUCAGCCGCCGGCCAAGCGCUUCAACGAGAUCCGCCAGUCGGUGCGCGACCUGGUGAGCAGCAGCGAGCAGUGCCUGCGCGAGUUCUCCAUCAAGAUCAGCACCGAGCCGACUCAGCUCAAGGGCCGCGUGCUCGAACCCCCGUCGCUGGUCUUCGAAAACAACGCCGUGAGCAAGCCCCGCGAGGGAACCUGGGAGCUCCGGGGCCGCCACUUCUACAAGCCGGCCACGCUGAGCCGCUGGACGCUGCUCAACCUGAGCCGGUUCGCCCAGCGCGACAGCCUUGAGAACUUCGCCAAGAUGCUGGUGCGCGUCGGCCACGAGUUGGGCAUGCGCAUCGAGCAGCCGCUGGACAUCGGCGCCGCCGACACCAACCGCAAACCCAUCCGGGCCGUGCUGCUGGAAGAGCAGCGCAAGCAGCCAAACCUCGAGAUGGUCAUCAUCGUGCUGGCCAAGAACACAAACUACGCCGAGAUCAAGCAGGUGGCCGAAACGGAGAUCGGGCUGCGCACACAGUGCGUCAUGGACAACAACGUGGUGAAGAAGUGCAACGCCGCCCUCAUCACAAACUUGUGCCAGAAGAUCAACGCCAAGCUGGGUGGCACUAACAACAGCCUGCUGUCGCAGGAGAAGCCGGCCAUCUUCCAGAAGCCAGUGAUAAUCAUCGGCGCGGACGUCACCCACCCGGCUCCCGGGGACAAGCUGAGGCCCUCGAUCGCCGCCUGCGUGGGUAGCCUCGAUUCGAUUCCAUCCAAGUUCCACGCCUCCAUCCGCAUCCAGAUGGAGGACUCGGCCGCUACGGCGCGCGUCGAGAUCAUCAAGGACCUCAAGGACAUGAUGAAGGACAUGCUGAAGGCAUUCUACCGCGCAACCAAGCACAAGCCCGAGCGGAUCAUCUUCUACCGCGACGGAGUGAGCGAGGGCCAGUUCAUGGAGGUUCGCAAUCGAGAGGUGAGCGCCAUCCGGUUGGCCUGCCAGGAGCUGUCGCCGAACGAGACGUACGAGCCGGCUCUGACGUUCAUCGUGGUCCAGAAGCGUCACCACACCCGGUUCAUGCCGGCCAGCGACCGCGACGGAGUCGGCAAGUGCCGUAACGUGCCUCCCGGCACCACCGUCGACUCCGUGGUGACUCACCCGCUGGACUUCGACUUCUUCCUCUGCAGCCACUUCGGCAUCCAGGGCACGAGCAAGCCGUCUCACUACUACAUCGUGUGGGACGACUCGAACUUCUCGGCAGACGACCUGCAGAAACUGAGCUACUACCUCUGCCACACGUACGCCAGGUGCGCGCGCAGCGUCAGCAUCCCGGCGCCGGUCUACUACGCCCACUUGGCCGCGUACCGCGCCAAGAACCACGUGAUGAGCAAGGUGGAUGUCUCCAGCUCGAGCAGCGAUUCGUCCGGCGGCAGCGCCGACUCAGUCUCCACCGCUCAGUACGUGGAGGCCGUCAAGGUGCUCGACUCCCUGCAGACGGCCAUGUACUUCGUGUGACCCUCCUGCUCGUCUCUGAGGAGGUGG